AUGAAAGUCUACGUCGAUUAUAUGUUGGUGAAGUCGAUAAAAAGUGGAAAUCACACAACAGACCUUGUGAAGUGCUUUGAGAUAUUGAAAAAGUACAAUAUGAAACUUAACCCGAAAAAGUGUUCCUUUGGAGUUUCCUCUAGAAAAUUUCUAGGAUUCAUAGUCAACGCGAGGGGCAUUGAAGCAAAUCCUGAGAAGAUCAAGGCUUUGAUAGAGAUGCCAUCACCAACUAAACUGAAGGAAGUUCUGGCCUUAACGGGAAGAAUGGCAGCACUUAACAGAUUCAUCUCGAAAUCAAUUGAUAAGUGUCUACCAUUCUUCAACGUAUUGCGAGUUUUGGCAAGACCAAUAACUGGAGAAACUUUACUCCUCUACUUGGCUGUCUCGGACAAUGCAAUUAGUGCAGCAAGAGUGCAAGAAGAGGGAAAGCACCAGCAAUCUGUUUACUAUGUUAGUAAGAGGUUACUGGGGUUAGAAUCGAGGUUUUUAUCAAAACCAGAUGCUUCUGGAAGAUUGAUAAAAUGGUCAAUUGAACUGGGACAGUUUGACAUAACUUAUUACCCUAGAACAUCCAUCAAGGGCCAAGCCUUGGCAGCUUUCCUGAUAAAAGGAAUAACUCUAGAGGAAAAUCCGCUUGUUUACCGAGAUGCGGACACUUGGAAAUUGUACUUGGAUGGAGCGUCCAAUGAGCAUGGCUUGGGUGCAGGGGUGAUAUUAAUUUUUCUAGAAAGCUUCAAGUUUCACUAUGCAUUAAGAUUUCAAUUCGUCAGUUCAAAUAACGAGGCUAAAUAUGAAGCCUUGAUCGCUUGUUUGAAGAUAGCUGAAGUGUUGAAGGUUAAAAAUCUUGUAUGCUAUAGUGAUUCACAAUUAAUUGUAAAUCAAGUUCUAGGGGAAUGCCAGGCUAAGGGCAUAAAAAUGGCAAAGUACCUAGAGAAGGAUCGGAAGAACUUGGAAAAGUUUGAUUAUUUCAAAAUCGAACAAAUCCCAAGAGAACAAAACUCUAAUGUCGAUGCCUUAGCAAAACUAACCUCGCAGAAUGAACUGGAUUAA